UUACUCCAGAGAACCAAAUUCAAGAUUUGGGGUUAAUGUCAGCCUUGUCAGGAUUAGAAUCAUAUCAUCAUAAAAAUCAAUAGAAGUUUUUGAAGCCAUCAAUUAUUUUAAACAUACAUACAUACAUAAGCACUUGCAGUUGUUUUCCCAUACGCAUAUUCGAAGCAAAACGCCCAUCUCCUUGCCUCAUCUCUCUCUCUCUCUAUCUUUGCUAUCUAUCUGUUUUUACUUUUGGAACCAGGAAAAUGUCGAGUAACGAAGAGACAAUGGAUGAUGCAAAUGGGGAUUCGUUCGAGAAGGUGAAACAGAGGCUCAAAGAUCGAUCGAAGAAAGUGGUUCAGACAAAGGAGAUUUUAUCGAAACAAGCAGUUCAAACGAAGGAGAUCUUAUCCAAACAAGCUGUUAAGAUCGCUAAGCAGGCCGAAGAACACGAACGAUUUAUCAACAAGGUGACUCAUCUGUUGGGUGUUCUUGGCUUCGGGGCUUUUUGCUUUCUUUUGGGUGCCAGACCACAAGACAUUCCCUAUGUAUACUGUUUCUUCUAUGUCACCUUUGUUCCUCUUCGAUGGAUUUAUUACCGGUUCAAGAAGUUGCAUUAUUAUCUUUUGGACUUUUGUUACUAUGCCAAUACGAUCUUCUUGGUCGUGCUUCUAUUCUAUCCAAAAAAUGAGAAGCUUUUCAUGGUUUCCUUCUCAUUUGCAGAGGGGCCAUUAGCAUGGGCACUGAUUAUUUGGCGUUGUAGCUUAGUUUUUAAUUCUGUUGACAAAAUUGUAAGCGUCCUCAUACAUCUUUUACCAGGGUUAGUUUUCUUCACAAUUCGAUGGUGGGAUCCAACAUUCUUUGAAGCCAUGCAUCCUCAGGGAUCGUCUAUAAGAGCUUCAUGGCCUUACGUAGAAAGCAAAUCUUACUUGUGGACAUGGCUUUUUCUAGUUCCCUUGGUUGCUUACAGUCUCUGGCAGGCGCUCUAUUUUCUCAUUGUAAACGUUCUCCGUCGACAGCGGCUGUUAAGAGAUCCUGAAGUCAUGACUUCAUACAGGGAACUGUCAAAAAAAGCACAAAAAGCAAACAACAUAUGGUGGCGUUUAAGUGGCUUGCUUGGGGAUCAGAAUCGCCUCGUUAUGUUUAUCCUGCUCCAAGGCCUAUUUACAGUGGCAACCAUGGCACUUACAGUCCCCAUAUUCUUGUCCUAUGAAUUACAUGUUAUUUUUCAAAUACUGAAGGUCUCAGCAGCUGUGUGGAAUGGAGGAAGCUUUUUACUAGAAGUGAUGCCAAGGCAGGUGAUUCUCAAGGAGAAGAAGAAAUCAGAGAUGCAGCCUGUGCAACCUCAGCAAGAUCAGUGCUUCGUGGCACAGGAAAACUCAGUGAACGCAUCUGUUGAGAUGGCCCAAUCCUAGCAGCUGUUUACAAAGAAUACCUUGUAAAACUCUUGUUUCAUAUGUCCUGAGAGGGAACUUGUUGGUUGAUUUGUUUUGUGGUGGUUGUGGUGGUUUUACAAAUUGCUGGUUCAUUUAGAGGGUCUUAACUUGUAAUUUAAGCAUAAAGAGAUGUUAAACUGUAGUCUUAUUUGCAAUUUGUUUCUGACCUCAUAUAAAAAUUUAGAAAUUUUGAGUUCA